AUGUCAAAGAACGGUGUAUGGCAAUUAAAGAAGGUCGUAUUGCAAUAUUGCGAUCAUAGUGGUAGCAGCAAAUUCAUCAGAAACAUAUUACCAACAUUGAUUCAAGAGUAUAAACAAAAUAAUCCACAAAUCGAAUUUGUAGAAGAAGUAAAUAGAGGAAGACAUCCACAAGCAACUGCUACUUAUGUUUCAGGAAAAAAGAAGAUUGUACCAUUAAGAGGUGAAGAAGAGGAAAAGGUUGUUAAACACUUGGACAAUUUAAGAAAUACAGCUGGUUUUAAGCCAAUGAAGUUUGGAAACAGAUAUAUCAGACAAACUCAAAGCAUUCAAGGUUUAUGGCAUCCAUUCUUAAAUUUCAAUAAUCAAUCAUCAUCUGCACCAUCCGAACAAAAACAAUAA